GUUCGUAUAUUCACAUCCGGUCUUCCAUUUUCUUUUGGUCGUCGUCAUGAUUGCGUUCUUGUUCUCUCACGUUCGUUAUUGAUCUUACGUUUUCAGUAACUGUUAAACGUUUGAAUCGUGUACGAGCGUUCGUUAGUCUGUACGUUAUACAAUAUCCUCAUAGAGUUUUCAUUCCGACCACCGUAUUUUGGAUUAUCGAGUGCUAAUGCGUGGUAUUUCAGAAAGCUCACCGACUCGCGCAAUGGCGGAGGAUUUGGAUGUCGAGGCAAUGCUGGAGGCGCCAUAUAAGAAGGGGGAGCAGGACUCCUCAUCCAAAGACAAAUCUUCCAAGGAGAAUGGGUCUAGCCGUAAAUCAUCUGGAAAGAGCAAACAUCGUUCUCGUUCUCGUUCUCGGUCACGAGACCGUCGAGAGAAAGAUCGUCGCGACCGCGACAGAGACAGAGACAGAGAUCGUGAUAGAGACAGAGAUCGUGAUCGUGAUCGUGAUCGUCGACGUAGAUCAAGAUCAAGAGAUCGAAGAGAUCGUGAUAGAGACAGAGAUAAUAACGAUAGAGAUAGGGAUCGACGGGACAGAGAUCGAGAUCGAGAUAGAAGGAGGAAACGAUCGCUCACACCAAUUACACUACCCAGAGCAAGACUGCCGUUUGGGAAAGGAGUCAGUCCUCUUGGCAUCAGAAAUGAUGAGCUAACACCGGAGGAACGGGAUGCCCGAACGGUGUUCUGUAUGCAAUUAAGUCAGCGCAUACGUGCUCGAGAUCUGGAAGAAUUCUUCUCUAGUGUUGGGAAAGUUCAAGAUGUUCGACUUAUCACGUGUAACAAAACAAGACGAUUCAAGGGUAUAGCAUAUGUAGAGUUCAAAGAUCCUGAAAGUGUCACACUUGCGCUUGGUUUAUCAGGUCAGAAACUUCUUGGUGUUCCUAUAGUAGUACAACACACUCAAGCUGAAAAAAAUCGCAUGGGUAAUUCCAUGCCAAAUUUAAUGCCAAAAGGUCAGACUGGACCUAUGAGGUUAUAUGUUGGAUCUCUUCAUUUCAAUAUCACAGAAGAUAUGCUUCGCGGUAUUUUCGAACCUUUUGGAAAAAUCGAUAACAUUCAAUUAAUUAUGGAUCCAGAAACUGGUCGUAGCAAAGGCUAUGGAUUCUUGACUUUUAGAAAUGCUGAUGACGCAAAGAAAGCUUUGGAACAGUUGAAUGGCUUUGAACUUGCUGGUAGACCCAUGAAAGUUGGUAAUGUUACAGAACGUACAGAUCUAAUACAAGGUCCAUCUCUUCUUGACACAGAUGAAUUAGAUCGAAGUGGUAUCGAUCUUGGUGCUACUGGAAGGUUACAGCUAAUGUUUAAGUUAGCAGAAGGAACUGGGCUUGAAAUCCCCCCUGCAGCUGCAAAUGCACUAAACAUGGCUCCAGUUAUGUCAACGCCACAACCACCUCCACAAGCUGCUCCUCCUAUAGCGACGCAGUGUUUUAUGUUAUCGAAUAUGUUCGACCCGCAGAAUGAAACGAAUCCAAAUUGGGCGAAAGAAAUUCGUGAUGAUGUCAUUGAAGAAUGCAACAAACAUGGUGGUGUGUUACAUGUAUAUGUGGACCAAGCAUCUCCUCAGGGUAACGUUUACGUUAAAUGUCCAUCAAUAGCAACAGCAGUUGCGGCUGUUAAUUCGUUACAUGGUAGAUGGUUUGCUGGCCGAGUAAUUACUGCCGCUUAUGUGCCAGUUGUAAAUUAUCAUUCGUUAUUCCCGGACGCGAUGACUGCUUUACAACUACUGGUUCCAAGCGCUCCACGAAGAGGGAUGUGAUCUUAAACAGUGCAAAUGCCAAUUACAAAUGUGUAAAUUCUUAUAGUAUUACAUUUUCUUACUGAUACUAAAAGAAAAUUUUUGUUACUAUAAUGGAAUCAUUUAAGUCAUUUCAAGUUGUACAGGUAUAAUUAUCGAUCACAGAAUAUCUGCGUGAAACUUUUCAUACAUUCAUAAAGACAAUUACUUUCUUG